AUGUUGCUAUCGUUGUUUGACUCAUGGCCAUCUAAUGCGGACCUUUCCUUAAGCCAGUUGUCAGCGAAAUUGGUCACACUGUUUUUCCUGGUAUCCUGUAAGAGUAUUUUGGAUGUUCGUGCCUUGGUCGAUGCUCGUUCCUUCCCCGCAGAUGGAGUGACUUAUAUAUAUCCAGAUGCACGAAUACUCGGAUUAGGUCGGUUUCUUACCCGGCUUUCACUUCGGCUUCAGCGUUGUGCCCAGUGGCCUGUCUAUGAGUAUAUGAAGUUUGCACUGAGCCGCAUCGGUCACCAUCUCCUCCUCAUCUGUUUCUAUCCUUUUGUCCUCCCUUUACUAGUGACUAGUACUACUAUGGCCCAUUGGGUGAAAUGA